CGUACUGCUUCAGAAGCAGCAGAAGAGGUAGCAUCUCAUCUCUCUACUCCCUUCCAAUUUUGACUUUCCCUUUUCUUUUCCCACCCCACCCCACCCCCCCUACUAUAAAUACUCGUCUCCUCCCAAACACUUCCCACAAAUCAAACCAAAAAAGGCUUCUUCACCAGCAGCAUAUGUCUCACAGACCCAUCGUCCCUCACUACUCCUCCAUUGCCUUCGGCCUCCAUUCCCAUCUCCUUGUCUCCAGUGAUAUGAACCCAAACUCCUACUGGUCCCAAUAACUUAAUUCAUUUCUUUCCUCUCAAUUUUUAAUUUGCUCCAUUCUUUCCUUAGAAACCAAUUCUUUUUAAACUUAAAUUAUUAACAGAAAUCUACAAAUCUAACAUGGGUGCCAAAGGUUUUGUCGAGGGAGGUAUUGCUUCCAUCAUCGCUGGUUGCUCCACCCACCCACUUGAUCUAAUCAAGGUCCGGAUGCAGUUACAGGGCGAAAACCACGCUGCCCCCAACCCCAACCACCACAUCCAGCUCCGCCCCGCCUUCGCUUUCAACUCCUCCACCAUCGCCGCCCCAGGAGGCCACCUCCUCCAUAUCCCAUCACCACCCCCGCCGCCCAAGGCUGGUCCCGUCUCCGUUGGCCUCAAGAUUUUCCAAACGGAAGGCGUGGCUGGCUUGUUCUCCGGCGUCUCCGCCACCGUCCUCCGACAGACUUUGUACUCCACCACCCGUAUGGGCCUCUACGAGGUUUUUAAACAGAAGUGGUCCGACCCCAAUUCGGGUACCCUUCCUCUGGGCCGGAAAAUAGCAGCCGGGUUAAUAGCCGGUGGUAUCGGCGCGGCUGUUGGCAACCCAGCCGAUGUAGCCAUGGUCCGGAUGCAAGCCGACGGUCGGCUCCCGGCUUCUCAGCGGCGCAACUACAAGAGCGUAGUCGAUGCUAUUUCCCAAAUGGCCAAACAAGAGGGAGUUACUAGCCUGUGGCGCGGCUCGUCCCUUACGGUAAACCGCGCCAUGAUCGUGACCGCGUCGCAGCUGGCAUCGUACGAUCAGUUCAAGGAGACCAUAUUGGAGAAGGGUUUGAUGAAGGACGGGCUGGGGACCCACGUCACGGCGAGCUUCGCGGCGGGGUUUGUGGCGUCGGUGGCGUCGAAUCCGGUGGAUGUGAUCAAGACUAGAGUUAUGAACAUGAGGGUGGAGGCAGGGAUGGCACCACCGUAUAGUGGGGCACUUGAUUGUGCUUUGAAGACUGUUAGGGCAGAGGGGCCAAUGGCCCUCUACAAGGGGUUUAUUCCCACCAUUUCGAGGCAGGGGCCUUUCACUGUGGUAUUGUUUGUGACCCUUGAACAGGUCAGAAAGCUUCUCAAGGAUUUUUGAAGUGGUGGGAUUCUUGGAUUGGUGAUGAGAUAAUGACGAUAAAGGAUAGUAACUAAAGUUGAUUCAGAUAAAUUGUUAUUGAUAUUGAAAAUUCUCUUUGGAAAUACUAGUACAGUAUCAAAUUUAGUUGAGAAA